AUGGCUCCUCAGGAAGCUUCUGGCGAGUCUUUCGCCAUUCUUACCAUUAGGAUGCCUCCUCUACCGUCUUAUCCUACUUCCACAACACAUGAAAUCCGUGUGCGACGGAAUGCGCCCAAGAUCCCGACCGCGAAUGACGAUCGGAGUCUAUUCCUUAAAAAUAUCCCCCCAGACAGCACGGAACCUCAUUUUCGCGCAGUCUUCUCUAGCUUGGUCGGCCCCGGCCGCUUCGAGACCAUGACUUUCGAGGACCAAAAGACACACAGCCCCGGCGUUGACCCGGCCCGCGCCUUGAAGAUUAAUGGGUUCGCGAAGAAGCGGAAGAGAGGGGAUCUUGAAGAGGAGGAGCGCGAGCGCGAGGAAGAAGCUACCCGCUUACCUGAAAUCUGGACGCGGCAAUUGCAAAAGAGCAGUAGCACUGCGGUCGUUCUCCUUGCCGACGAGAAGAGCGUUCAGCAGGUUCUGAAAGCCAUUGGGAAGCUUCAGAAAACAAGAAACUAUCCAAUGUGGGGCGAAAAUCUAGCAGAUGAAGUGCCUUCUCUUGGUGCGCGAUGGCUCUCCUCGCACCUCCAGCUGAACCGUGUCGACAAGGCAGAGACCAAGAGGGCGGUCCAUGCCUUCUUCAAUACAUACAACCGAAAAGAAAAGGAGGCUGCUGAGCUUGCCAAGAGGUUGCGGAAUGAACCUGACGAGGAUGGCUUCGUUACUGUUACUCGCGGCGGUAGAUCGGCUCCAGCCAGCCGCAAUGAGGCCGAGGAGGCCAAGCAGAGGAUGCUAGAGAAGCAGGACAAGAAGAAGUCGGAUAUGAAGGACUUCUACCGCUUCCAGCUACGGCAAAGGAGGAAGGACGAGCAUAAGGCAUUGCUCAGACGGUUUGACGAGGACCGGAAGAAGGUUGAUGCAAUGCGUGAAAAGCGUGGCAAGUUCAAGCCUGAGACGUGA